AUGUAUCGUAUUAGAAAAGACGGCGACCGGUAUUUCUACGAAGAGAAAAUAAAAACUAUGGUUGAAGAGUUUGGUAACGAAGAAAAAGCAAAGGUGAAUGUUACCACCGACAACGAAUGGUCUCCAAGGUGUAGGUUCGAACUCAUUCCUAGAGAAACACAUGACUUUCAUGAAAUGUUACUUUUCCACCAAACAGAUCCAGAAUCCCCGUUUACCCACGAUCGCCUUUGUACUAUGGCAAAACCCUGGGGAAGGAUAACUCUUUCAGGGAACAAACUGACAAAGUCGACUUAUCUGGGAGACAACAAGAUCAGAAAGGAAACAAAGGAACUCGGUGGAGAGGAGAAUGUAGUAAAUGAACUUGAACAGCAGUUUGGAAUAAGAAAGGAAUCUUGUCUAUACCCCGAAGGUUCCAUGUACUGCGGAUCAGAUCAGAGCAAGAAAACAUCGAUUUAAAACAUACUCUUUCCGUACGCUGUUCGUAGAAAGUCUCUUUCGUUUCUAAAUUUAAAUUACA